CCGUCUCACUCGCUCUCAUGAGCUCCGCGCGGCCGAACGGUUCAAUGACUCUACCGACCAGUUUCUAUUUUCUCUCUGGUUCUGUCGUCGGGUCGGCCUGCAAGCCGCAAGGGGUCUUUGUUUGCGUUUCACGUUCGCGUCGCACGGUAUAGUCAGCGGCCGCGGCUCCAUCGUAUCGUAUCCGAGACGGAAUGUGCCCUCAUAAGUGGAAGUGCGGGUCUCGCUCCUCUCGGUGUAUGUGAGAUGUGGUACAGAGUGCCGGAGUGGCGCCGUCGUCGAGUGCAAGCUGUGGCGGUGCAAGUGCAGUGAAGUGCAGUGUGCGUGGUGCGUGCGCGUGCAGCGAGCGGCUCGGCCCGGCCACGGCGAGCGAGCGCGGAGGCGGAGGCGGCGGUGGCGGGACCCGCGCGGCCAUGACCGGUGACAUGCCUCUGGGGAGCGCGCACGCGUUCGGGCGGGCGCUGCUGCGAGACGGGGCGCUGCCGCCGCUGGAGCCCGGGCCGCCGGCGCCGCCCGCUGCUGCCGCGCAGCCGCCCGACAAGCGGCCGCCGGCGGCAGCGGCCAGCCCCGAACAGGUCAUGAAACUCUACAUGAACAAACUGACCCCUUACGAACACCGCGAGAUUUUUGAUUACCCCCAAGUGUACUUCAUAGGCGCCAACGCGAAGAAGCGCCCGGGACUGGUAGGCUUCCCGAACAAUUGUGAAUACGACAACGAACAGGGCUCUUACAUACACAUCCCGCACGAUCACAUCGCGUACCGGUACGAGGUGUUGAAGGUGAUCGGGAAGGGCAGCUUCGGCCAGGUGAUGAAGGCCUAUGAUCACAAGAAGAGAGAGAAUUGCGCGCUGAAGAUGGUGCGCAACGAGAAACGCUUCCACAGACAGGCUCAGGAGGAGAUUCGCAUAUUGGAGCACCUCAGAGAGCAGGAUAAAGACAACACAAUGAACGUUAUCCAUAUGUUCGACUCCUUCACCUUCCGCAACCACACUUGCAUCACAUUCGAGCUGCUCUCGAUAAACUUAUACGAGUUGAUACGAAAAAACAAGUUCCAAGGUUUUUCCUUGCAGCUUGUCCGCAAGUUUUCGCACAGUCUCCUGCAGUGUCUUCAUGCUCUAAACAAGAACAGGAUCAUACACUGCGACAUGAAGCCCGAGAACGUUCUGCUGAAGCAACAGGGACGCUCCGGAAUCAAGGUCAUAGACUUCGGAAGCUCCUGUUACGAGCACCAGCGUGUGUACACGUACAUCCAGUCGAGGUUCUACCGGGCGCCCGAGGUGAUGAUGGGCGCGAGGUACGGCAUGCCCAUCGACAUGUGGUCGCUGGGCUGCAUACUGGCGGAGCUGCUUACAGGGUUCCCUCUGCUCCCCGGCGAGGAUGAGGCGGAUCAGAUGGCCUGCAUCAUCGAGCUGCUGGGCAUGCCGCCGCAGAAGCUCAUCGAGCAGGGCAAGAGGUCCAAGAACUUCAUCAGCAGCAAGGGCCUGCCGCGGUAUUGCACCGCCAAUACCAUGUCGGACGGUUCCACGGUGCUCGUCGGAGGUAUGUCUAGAAGAGGCAAGCCCCGAGGCCUACCCGGCUCGAAAACGUUCGUCACAGCCCUCAAGGGAUGUCAAGACAAAUUCUUUAUUGAUUUCAUUAGGAGAUGCCUAGAAUGGGACCCGGACAAGCGGCUGACGCCGGCGGCGGCGCUGCGGCACGCGUGGCUGCGCCGGCGCCUGCCGCGGCCGCCGCACGAGGACGACGCCAACCACGUUAGUAUCGCGCACCACCCCGCGCACGCCACACCCAAACGGCUCGACAAAUAG